AUGAGCAAAGAUAAGCAGAGCAAGCAGGUGCCGGAGUGCCCCGGACCUCUGUCCCCAUCCAAAGGCCACAAAUCCCCGAGGAUGCCAAAGUGCUCCCGCUGUAGAAACCACGGCUAUGUGUCUCCUCUGAAGGGACACAAGCGCUUCUGCAACUGGAGGGACUGCCAGUGUCCCAAAUGUAAACUGAUAGCUGAGAGACAGAGAGUCAUGGCGGCCCAGGUCGCCCUGAGACGGCAGCAGGCUCAGGAAGAGGAGCUUGGGAUUUGUAGUCCUGUGGCUCUGCCUGGCCCUGAGGUGAUGGUGAAGAAUGAAGCUGGAGUAGACUGCUUGUUUACUGUGGAGAGACGAUCCCCGACGCCCACCAGCACCUCCACUUCUUCUUUUGCUGUCACAGGGAGUCGCUCGGCAUUGUCCCCCAGCCCGUCGGCCGGUGCCCGGGCUCAUACUGACGCACAGUCAGACCUGCUGUUGGAAACUUCCUAUUACAACUUCUACCAGCCGUCUCGCUACCCCACCUACUAUUGCAAUCUGUACAACUACCAGCAGUACCAGGUGGAUGAUGAUAAUAUAAGGUGGUGUAGAGCUUCCAGACAGGAGAUGGUGCCAGAUAAGAAGACAGGCUCUGUCAGGGAGAUGCCUCAUGGUGAUGGCCGCAUUUCAAACCACAACAUGCCCUCUCAGUACCGUGUGCAUUCCUACUACCCAGCAGCCACCUACCUGACUCAGGGCCUGGGUGCCACCACCUGUGUGCCGCCCCUCUAUGGCCUGGAUGAUAACAACAACUGCUCUGAGACCAUGGCAGCCUCAGCUUUCUCACCCAGCAGCAUCCCCACUGGUCACGACCCCACCUUGACCUGCAGGUCCAUCAGCUCCCUGGUUAACUCUGAUGUCAACGGUCAGUGCGAGGCUGCCAGCGAGACACCAAACUUCACCGUCAACUCCAUCAUCGAGGGUGACGCCACCAAAUGA